AGUCCCUUUCCCAAGCCAAGAGAGGCUGCUCCCCCUCGCCAGAGACGCGGGAUUCAGGGAGGGCGCAGUCCCGUUGGAUUUGUUGGCCGAGACACCGGGAGCUGAGCCCAAGGGCUUGGUGGGGGCGUAGCAGGCGACCAGCGGAGGGACUCGCUGCAGACUGUUGGAGACCGGGAGCCGAGAACACUGCAGGCCGGGAUGGCUCAGUCGGCCCCUGCAAAGUCGCGCUGCUGGUUCGGGCGGAGCCCCGACUGCGAGAGGGAGGCGUAUGGCCCCUGCAGACCGAGCCUCCGAGGGGCCCAGGCUUGAGGGAGGACUCGUCGGCCCUCUACCCCCCUGGAAAGCGCACCCCUGGCUUAGCCAUGGCGAAGCUCGAGACACUGCCUGUGCGUGCCGACCCAGGCCGGGAUCCCCUCCUGGCCUUUGCCCCACGGCCCUCUGAGCUUGGGCCCCCAGACCCCCGCCUGGCCAUGAGCAGUGUGGGCAGCGGGGUGGCCCACGCCCAGGAGUUUGCCAUGAAGAGCGUGGGCACCCGCACAGGGGGUGGCAGCAGCCAGGGUGGUUUCCCUGGUCCCCGCGGCAGCGGCAGCGGCAGCGGGGCCGGCAGGGAGAGGCCAGGCCGCUACCCCUCAGAAGACAAGGCUCUCGCCAACUCCCUCUACCUCAAUGGCGAGCUGAGGGGCAGUGACCACACUGAUGUCUGCGGCAAUGUGGUGGGCAGCAGCGGGGGCAGCAGCAGCAGCGGUGGGAGCGACAAGGCCCCGCCACAGUACCGUGAGCCCAGCCACCCACCCAAGCUCCUGGCCACCUCUGGCAAGCUAGACCAGUGCUCAGAGCCGCUAGUUCGGCCAUCUGCCUUCAAGCCUGUUGUACCCAAGAAUUUCCACUCCAUGCAGAACUUGUGUCCCCCGCAGACCAACGGGACCCCCGAGGGACGACAGGGCCCUGGAGGCCUCAAGGGCGGACUGGACAAGUCUCGGACCAUGACCCCAGCGGGUGGGAGUGGGGGUGGCCUCUCAGACUCAGGCCGGAACUCACUCACAAGCCUGCCCACCUACAGCUCCAGCUAUAGCCAGCACCUGGCACCCCUCAGUGCCUCCACCAGCCACAUCAACCGCAUUGGCACUGCCAGCUAUGGGAGCGGCAGCAGCGGUGGGGGGUCGGGCUACCAGGACCUGGGGACCUCCGACAGCGGGCGGGCCUCCAGCAAGAGUGGGUCGUCAUCAUCCAUGGGGCGGCCAGGCCACCUGGGAUCCGGGGAGGGCGGCGGGGGAGGCCUGCCGUUUGCAGCCUGCUCACCGCCCUCUCCCAGUGCUGUGAUCCAGGAGCUGGAGGAGCGGCUGUGGGAGAAGGAGCAGGAGGUGGCAGCUCUGCGGCGAAGCCUGGAGCAGAGCGAGGCGGCUGUGGCCCAGGUCCUGGAGGAGCGGCAGAAGGCGUGGGAGCGGGAGCUGGCCGAGCUGCGGCAGGGCUGUAGCGGCAAGCUGCAGCAGGUGGCCCGCCGUGCCCAGCGCGCCCAGCAGGGCCUCCAGCUGCAGGUGCUGCGGCUGCAGCAGGACAAGAAGCAGCUGCAGGAGGAGACUGCCCGGCUGAUGCGGCAGCGGGAGGAGCUGGAAGACAAGGUGGCCGCCUGCCAGAAAGAACAGGCCGACUUCCUGCCCCGGAUGGAGGAAACCAAAUGGGAGGUGUGCCAGAAGGCCGGCGAGAUUUCCCUCCUGAAGCAGCAGCUGAAGGAUUCGCAGGCAGACGUCUCGCAGAAGCUGAGUGAGAUUGUGGGGCUGCGGUCGCAGCUGCGGGAGGGCCGGGCCUCGCUGCGGGAGAAGGAGGAGCAGCUGCUCAGCCUGAGGGACUCAUUCGGCAGCAAACAGGCCAGCCUGGAGCUGGGCGACGGCGAGCUGCCCGCGGCCUGCCUCAAGCCGCCGCUCACGCCCGUGGACCCGGCCGAGCCGCCCGAGGCGCUGGCCACUUGCGAGAGCGACGAGGCCAAGAUGCGCCGUCAGGCCGGAGUGGCCGCCGCCGCCUCCCUGGCCUCCGUGGACGGGGAGGCGGAUGCCGGCGGGGAGAACGGGACGCGGGCCCUGCGGCGGGAGGUGGGGCGGCUGCAGGCCGAGCUGGCGGCCGAGCGGCGCGCCCGGGAGCGCCAGGGCGCCAGCUUCGCCGAGGAGCGCCGCGUGUGGCUGGAGGAGAAGGAGAAGGUCAUCGAGUACCAGAAGCAGCUGCAGCUGAGCUACGUGGAGAUGUACCAGCGCAACCAGCAGCUGGAGCGGCGGCUGCGCGAGCGCGGGGCCGCGGGGGGCGCCAGCACGCCCACCCCGCCACAUGGCGAGGAGAAGAAAGCCUGGACCCCCUCCCGCCUCGAGCGCAUUGAGUCCACGGAGAUCUGAUCCACCGCCUGGGCACGCGGCCUUCCGACAAACGCCCUGUCGGGAGCCCGGGUCCCCAGGGUCCCCCUCCCGUCCAUCGCUCUUCCCUGUGUGCCCCAUAUCCCCAGACCAAAGAGGUUCUCGAAGCAGCUGUGACCAGGCUCUUCCCUGCCCCCCCGACCCCCCACCGGUGCCCUCCCAGCUCCAGCCCUGUCCCAGUGGCCUGCCCUCUUGGACCCUCCUUCCACAGGAGGGAAUGGGGGAGGGCAGAAUGAGCAGUGUUGAGGGCCCAGGCAGCAGGAGAGUGGCGCUCCCCUUCUUGGCACCCCUUGUUGGAGAGGGAGGUGGCAGGCCUGCUGUGCCAUGAGGUUGUCCCUGCCCCUCUGGGGGUCCGGGCCACUACUGUGGGUCCUCCUGUGUCCAGUGACACUCUCUGUGCUUACUUUUUAUGCCAGGGAGCCUGAAGGGGCGUGCACGGGGUCUGCCAGAGUGGACAGACCUUGGCCCUCCUUCCUGGGCAGAUUGGCAGGACAAAAGGGAGCAGAUGGCCUGCCUGUGGUGAGAGGGCUACCUGCCCAGCCUCUCCCCACUCCCAAGGUCUCUUGGGCUCAGGCCUCAGAGCCUGGCCUGGUCCUGAGUGUGUGUCCCUGUGUGUGUGUUGGGGGAGUGGAGGCUGGGGCUGGAAGCUCAACGCCCAGGGAAGAUCGGCCCUUCUGGCCACGAUCCCACAGGGCAACAGCCCCACCUGCUUGGCUGACCCCAUACCCAGGGCCCUGUCCAGCUCUAACGACAGCUAUUAAGUGCUGCCUGCCUCUUGGGCACUCCCUUCAUGGUGUCUGAGGCUAGAUGAGUGUCUGGGAUGUCUUCCUGUGUCUUGCCCGAUUCCAUCCCCCCCAGCCUCCUCUGCUUUCAUGCUCAGAACAUCCUCUUCCCAGGCUGCCUAUCUCCCCAAAUCUCACUUUUCUUCCAGUAGAAAAUCCUGUUUGACCUUUGGUGCACUGCCCACUUCUCAGCUCCACUGGCCCAAGUCUGAGCCUGAGGCCCUUGUUUUGGGGUUUGGGGAGGGUUGGAUGAUACUCCCCUUGAAGAACAAGGCGUACACAAGAGCAAGCAGUGAACUCUCGGCUCCCAGGGCCCUGAGGUGCCCCAGCAUUUGCCCAGGGUAGGCCUGGCAUGGCCAUCAGUCAGGGUUGGGACAGCUGAUGUCACUUCCUCCUCUUGGGGCCCUUUCAGAAUCCAUUUCCCUAAGACAGGAAGGGAAAAGCAAAUUUCUAAUUCACCAGCAAUAAAAAUGAGGAGGCUUGGCCCUCAGCCCUUGUAUUUCUCUUAAACUCUCUCUUCCUCCCACCCUCAAGAUUGAGUUUGGGGUGCAAGGUAGAGAGAGCUGACAACUACUGUGAGCAAAUUCCCCCAGCCCUGACCAGCCUCCUCCCACGACUGGUGACUGUUUAAUGUGCUGUGCGUCCCCCACAAAGACAGAAGUGCCCCUGCGCGUGGCCUCUUAGUUGUGUACAGCCCCUGCCGGGUGGUCGUCACCACGUCUCUGGGCUGGGGAGGAGGCCACCCUGGCGACCACUGCCUGUUCCCUUCACCCUUCACUGCACUUGCCCCAGAACCUGGGCCAGGGCCACAGGGUCUGGGAGAAGAGAAGGCAUUAGUAGGAAAAAAAAAAAAAUAGAAAAUAUGAGUCUCAGCUUUGAGAUGUCCACAAAAGAAAUUAUAUAAAUAUAUAUAUAUAUAUAUAAAUAUAUAUCUCUACCAUAUGUGAUGGAAAGACUUCGUUUUCCUUUCCCAAAGAAAUAAAACGGAG